CGAUCCAAAAAGGCAGAGACCGAGAGGGAGAUCUCAUCUCGGCACGUUCGUCGCCUCGUGCGCAUCACCACUUCACCACAAUCCCCAUUUCCCAAAGCUCGACCAAAGCCGUGACACUCCUCCCCGCCGCGGCCCAAACCCUAGCCACCCCCGCCGAUCCCAAUGGCCGCCGCCCACCACCGGCCCCUCCACGCCCUCCUCGGCGGCGGCGCAGUCGCCGACCUGCUCCUCUGGAGGCGGAGGAACGCCUCCGCGGCGGCCGUCGCGGGCGCCACGCUCGUCUGGUUCCUCUUCGAGCGCGCCGGGUACAGCCUCGCGUCGGUCCUCUCCAACGCCCUCCUCCUCCUCGUCGUCAUCCUCUUCUUCUGGGCCAAGUCCGCCUCGCUGCUCAACAGACCUCUUCCACCACUGCCUAAUCUAGAGGUCUCAGAUGGGGUCGUUGAGAAAGUUGUAGGUCGGGCUCUUGUAUGGAUAAACAAGGUGUUGGCUGUUGCCCAUGACAUUGCCAUCAAGAGAGACCGGACAGUUUUUAUACAGGUUAUAAUGGCUCUAUGGGUGGUUUCAUGUAUUGGGAUGCUCUUCAACUUCUUUACGCUCAUUUACAUUGGUGUACUACUCGCUCUGUUGGUUCCCCCGGUAUAUGAGAGGCACCAGGAUGUUAUUGAUGAAAAGGUUGGUUUAGCACACAGCAUACUGUCAAGGCAGUUGAGUACCGUCGCUAGCAAGACAGGGCAACCACCUAAACAAAAGAAGGCUGAGUAGAAGAUAUUUUGGCCCAUUUGGAAGCUCUCCAGUUGUCCUACUAUGUUACAAACACCGUGAUCCAUCCACCGCUGAGAGUAUUUCUGGAUAUCCAGGGCAUAAUGUUUAACUGCUGAUACGUGGGUUUAGAUGCACGCUCUUCAAUCUGGGAAGUGGAAUGAUUUGUAUAUUGUUUCCAUGAACAUGAAACUUGUCGAGGUUUACCAUGGGCACAUCUUGUGGAUAAUGCUGUAUACCUUUGCUCGCAACAUAGCUCUCUCUACGUGCGAUGUUGUGUCUUGCAUGUACAAAUGCGGUGCUUGCUCGUGUC